CCGGUUAGUCCAGAGGAGAGGCUGUUAAUAACGCUGAGGUACUUCACGACUGGAUGUUCAUUCAAAGCCCUUUCCUUCUACUUCCUGAAAGGUCAUUCUACUAUACAAGAGAUUGUGCAUCACACCGCCCAAGUCAUAUGGAAGAAAUUACAACCUAAACUAAGUGGGAAGAAACAGCGAAACGUUUUCAUGAAUUGUGGAAUCUUCCCAACUGUAUUGGUAGCGUAGAUGGCAAACAUAUUCGAAUAAAAGCACCACCGCGGUCAGGAUCUGCUUUCAUCAACUAUA